GGGGCUAAAGGCGGAAGCACUGUGUGUUUCUGAACGGGAGCGUGCGACCCUGGUGUUCGCGCGUAACAACUCGAGAGCUGUCAACUCUUUGGAGUUCAUAACUACUGAUCAAAUUUAAAUGAACUAGCUUGUUAAACACCAGCGGGCUUGUUUGACCAGGAAUGGGAGCCAACAACAGCACGCGCCGCGUGUCUUUUGAGUCGGAUGAGAAUGAGAACAUAACGAUAGUGAAGGGCAUAAGGCUCUCGGAGAAGGUCAUCAACCGCAUGAGGGAACCCUCAGGCCCACCACGGCCCCCCACCAGAACCCCUCCUGCUCCUCCUCCCGUGGUUGAUCCUCUGCCAGCCCUGGUGCCAAUAUCUGCACCUGACCCUGUCACUUCCCUUCCACCUUCUUCCUUGCCAGAGCGUGUCAAACUCCCUGAGCAAGUGACCACUACUGCACCUCCUCCACCACUAGCAGAGCCGGUCAUUUUCCCCCCACCUCCUCCUGAAUCAGUGGGUGCUGUAUCAGCCCCUGCAGGUGAGUCGAUUGCUCCACCUGCAGCCACAGCUGAGCUUAUAACAGCAUCUCCACCUGUGGAAAUAAUUGCCCCUCCUCCAUCUUCUAAACCCAUCGCUUCUCCUCCCCUUGCUGAUUCUGUUGCCUCCCCUCCUGCUAUUGAGCUCUUCACACCUCCUCCUCCCCCCAUUCCUACCCAUCCUAUCACUAAAACCACUUCUGAACCCAUCUCUGCUCCACCUGUAGAAAUAACCACCCCCACCCCUCCAGCUGAACCUGUCGCUCCUUUCGCUUCCGCUGCUGAAACUAUCCCACAGCCUCCUCCGUCUGUAGAAAAACCUGUGGCUUCUUCACCACCACCUCCUCCCGCCGUGCAUGAGUCUGAACUGAGAAGAAAGAUAGCCGAAGAGCUGCAGAAAGGCCUGGAGAAAGAGAGGAGAAAGGCACAGGAGGAGCUCAACCAACGGCUGGAAAAAGAAAAGUCCCAGACGCAUGUUCAGGCCCAGGCAGAAGCUCAAGCCCAGGUAAAGGACGAGGUGAGCAGGAUCCUCGCAUUAGAGAAAGAGCAGAGCAUCCAGAAAGCCAUACUGCGAGAAAGAAUCACCGCCGAGGAUGAAAGACUGCAAGCUCAGAUAUAUCAGAUGGAGAGAAAGGCUAGACAGUUAGAGGAGAGAGACAAAGAGCUCCGGAAGCAGGACGCAUUCUACAGAGAACAAUUGGCCAAGCUAAAGGAAAGGAGUGCCCAGUUCUACAAGGUUACAGAUGAAAACUAUCACAAGGCAGCAGACGAGGUCAACGCCAAGUUUAAGCGAUAUGAAAUUAGUCCAGUGUGCACCGACCUUCAGGGGCAGAUUCUGAAGUGCUACAGAGAAAAUGCUGGAAAAACUCUGCUGUGCUCCAACAUCGCCUCUCGAUACAUGCAGUGUGUCAACAGUGCAAAACAGGACAAGUUGAGGACUGGAGGUUAAGUCUCUGAGCAGGAAGAGUGGAAGUUUGUAUCUGUGAUCUCACCGUUUAUCGACUGUUGCCAAGGAAAGACGCCACCCAGAGACACACCUGAGCAGACCUGAAGCAGAAUCUGCAGUGAAUUGAGAGCUAGAUACCCUUGAACCUUCCUUUUUUCAUAUUCCCUUUUCCCAUCACUUUUACCUUUCUACCACCUUCCUGUUAUUUCACCUUUAUCCAGUAAAGGGGAAACUGGUAUCCAUUUCUGAAAUGGACAGAAUCAGUAAGCAGCGGCGAUCAUACAGUAGGUGGAACUCUAAGGUUCUGAGCACCUGAACCAGAAUAGCACACAAAGGAUAGCACACAGUGAAGAGAACCGAACUAGACACCAAAUAUUGGCCACACUAGGCCAAUCUAGACCCAACCACAACAGAAUCCCAGAACUCUAAGUUGGUUCUAGAUUUGGUCGGUAUGGUUGCGUAGCGUCAUUUAUCCUGUGAUCCACCCUGCUAACCCACCACAAUCCUCCAUCACACUUCCCAUUGCACUAGUCACAUCCUCCAGCUGUUCGUUGUGUUUUUGCGUGUGAUGUUCAUUACCGUUUUUUGUCUCGUCGUUCACACAAAAAGGUCAGGCCUGAUCCCCUGAUCUGCUUUAAAGAAUAAACAAUUCAAACCCUAA